UUAAUAUAUUUUUAUUAAAAUUUGAGGUGGACGAGCUCUUAAUAUUUACCAUAAAUUGUAUAUUUUAUUGAACAAAUUGCGAAGGAAAGAUGUGUUCGUUAAACAAUUGCAUAUUUGAUGGUAACGAUGAUGACAUAGCUAGAAACAGAAAAAAAGAUUUACCAUCAGAUAGGACACUAUGCAGAAAAUGCAGAUGCGAAAACGCCGAUAUUUUAUUACUUGGUCAAAGUGGUUAUUGCAAAACUUGUUUCCUAAAUGUUACAAACCACAAGUUUAGAGCAGCACUCGGUAAAUCUAAAAUUAUUCGCCAUGGUGAGAAAAUAUUGAUUGAUCACUCAGGGGAAUUAAAUUCUACCGUGCUCUUACAUCUCAUUAAAGCUGGUAUGAGUGAAUCUGCUCACAAAAGACUUAUUUUUGAGACAAUAAUUUUGUAUGUAGAUGAUAAUAUGCAAAAAACCAAUGAAAGGAGUAUACUACAACAUAAAAUUGCUGAGGAAACGAAGGUCUCUGGAUUUAACAGUUAUGCUAUAUCAAUAAGUCAAGUUUUAAACGAAGAGGAUACUUGGAAUAUAAAACCGAUAGAUCAAGAGAUAAAUUAUGAAAAUGAUAAUCGACUGCAUGCGAUAUUGACUGAUUUAUCGGACAAUACCUCAAGGACGGAUUUUCUCAAUCAGUUGCGUCGAAAACUACUCCUAUCGGCAGCUCGGAAACUUAAUUGUAACAAGAUAUUUGUAGCUGAUUCUGCUACGAACAUUGCUACGAAAGUACUUAGUGAUGUAUGCCUAGGACGAGGCGCACAACUUUCCACACAAGCAAACUUUUGCGAUGCUCGUACCGACAUUAAGAUACUCAAACCGAUGAGAGAUUUUACACAGCAGGAAACAGAGUACCAUAAGAUAAAACCUGUUAAAUCAAUAGAAGACAGUAUACCGGCAACUUCUAUACAGGCAUUAGCAUGCAAUUUUACGAUAGAACUGGAAUCUCAAUUUUCUGGUACAAUAUCCACCGUAUUCCGCACAGCUGAUAAAAUAAGUCCGAGGAGCAACGUACAGGAAAGUAUAGAAGAUAAUUGCGCACUUUGUGAUGCAAGAUUGAACUUUAUCCCUUCUGGUAAUGAAGUGACUGCCAUGAGAGCAAUCGAGGUUUCCAAAUUGAUGUCUUCCAAAUGCAUCGAUACAAUAAGUUCUUCUAAUAAUGAAGAAAACGGAGAAUCAAAUUAUCUCUUUACAUACUCGGAUAAUAAUGGAUGCUGUAAUGAUAAUGCCAACUGUAAUUGUGAGAAUAGAGAGAGACAAAUAACCACAGAGGACGUUUGGAGACAUCUCUGUUAUAGUUGUAGACAAAUAUUUCGAAAUUCGGAUAUUUUACACAAUUUGCCACUACCAUUGUUACUGGCCGUUCAACAAAGAGCAGCUUUAAAGAAAAUGAGAGAAAAAAUCAGUGACUUCUUGUUAUGAAUAGAAAUAAAAGAAUUUUUGCUUCAAAAUUUAGCGCACAAGAUGAUAAAAACUGAGACAUUUAUACAUUAAUAGGAUAGUAAAUCGAUUAGUGUAGGUUCUAAAAAAUUGGAUCAAAAUAAAUAAAAAGC